GAAUGGGUAACACUCCGUACGACUAUAUGCGCGGCGCUCUACACAGCAUAAAAUUCUGGGCCUCGUUCAUCUCCCAGUUCAAAUCCUUGAAGCACCUUUGAGUUCGAGGCCCGAGACACAACGACAACGUCAUCAACGAGUCCCGGAUGUUCCUCGGUUAGAACUUCUUCCCUGAAAUACACAGCUACAUUGUAACGAAUCUCCGGUCUUUCCACCUUCAAGACUUCACCAUCUACGCUGCGGGCCAGGAAGACAACGUCGCGCACAACCUCCUCAACUUCUUGGCGCUCAUGGAACAAGGCCACGUCAUCCUCGAUAACGUCGUCCUGGUUACUUGGGAACCUCCGACGCAGAAAUGGGCCGUACUCGUCACGCGUUUGGUACAGCGUAACAUGUUGCGCGCCACGCCAGUGGGAUAUGAGGUCUGCAACCCACUCGAGAGCGUUGUGUUCUUCCUUCAGGAACAGCGUACUGCGUAUGAGUCUCAGCUGAAACUUGGUCCGGUUGGUCCGGUUGGUCCGGUUGACAGAGAGCAGGCAAAGAUUACGCUAGUACCUGUGGAUGACAGUGAGUAUGAUGAUCAAGAUCAAAUUGUAUUGGAGGAGGCUGUAGAUGGGAGGCGUGGGGAAGAAGGAGAUGGAGAGGAGCAGGUGAAGCCACCGCGGAGGGUGGUUAUUGAGUUGUACUCUGUGGAGGUGGAGGAUGUGAUUUCUGAGGUAUAUGCUGUAGAAGCAGAGAAGGGCGGGGACUAAAGUGGAUGGAUGGGAUGCUGGAAAUAUCAGGGAUGGAAGUCUAUGCACAUUCCUUUUGCAUUGAACGGAGAUUUCGGCAACCAAAAUUGGCACCAAGGAAAGUGGGUAGAUGGGUAGGAAGAGCACGGAGAAAUGCCCCGAUAGUUGCAAAAGGAGUUAACCUGCUGAAUGGAUCACGUGAUAUACCACACCAGAUGAGUGAAAAGUCUACUUGCACGAAGUCUUGUUGUAAACCUUGCCUUGUGAGGAUGGUAACUUAGUUAAACCCUGUCAGAGAGGAGGUUUAAGUCUGCACUCGUGAUUCUUCCAGUUACUUUAGCACAAUUGGGACUUUGGAUAAAAAUGGGUGGAAUUAGCA